AUGGCCGUUCAGGCUCGUAGUACUAGGAAAGUUAAUCCCUCGAUUCCUGCCAAUGAUGGGACAUGUCACUUCUUCCGUCUCUCCGAGGGACUUUUGUACUUGGAGAAGAUUGAUCGAUCCACCAAACUCGUCGCUAAUAGCGAAGCUAACCUUGCUCUCAUGGACGCCCAGGAUGUCGAAGAUGAUGUUCGAGCCGCUAAGCGCCGGAAAAUUGGAAAGAAUCAAAUGGCAAGUACGAAGAAGUCGGCGAAGAAGCCAGUCGUCGACGCGAACAAACUGCAGUACGUGAACUGGCAACUUCGGCAUGAAACUCGCGCCCUGGGUCUGCAGUACAAUGACCUACUAUUCGUCGGCAGCCCUAACGGCACCGCAACCGAACGGCUGUCCACGUUUCUUCGCCAUUGCUCCGAUCGCAACCAGACCCAGAUCCGUCAAAUCACGCUACGGGACGAUUUUCUCGACUUGUCUGGCAGUCAUCGCUACACGCUCAAUCCAUAUGCAUUCAGCCAUGUAGCGGCCUUCUGCCGCGCCAAUCCGAAGAGGCGGGUGAACAUGCGCAUCCCUUGGGUCUAUAUCCCCGACGAAGUGUGCGGGGGCCUGCUGUUCAUGUUCGUGUACGUCUUGCAAGUCAUGGAUUAUUUCCACGCUUGGGUCACUGGGUGUGGUAUUACGCAGCAGCUUCGGUUCUUCUUCGCGCCGGUUCCGGAAAAUGUGCGCUUUUUCCCGCGGGAAGAAGUUUUUGAUGAGGAGGAAUUCCAGACUUCAUUGUUGCGGUUGCAUGACUGGCCUGGUUUUGUGCAGACUAUUCCUGGAGGCCUCGAUGCAUGGGUGAAGAAGACGAAGGAAUUGUAUGCGGACGGGUUUUGA